AAAGUGGAAAAUCAGAUUUUGGGAUUUCCUUUAAUCCUGCUUUUGAGAGAUGAUGUUUUUUUUCCUUCCCAUUUCAAAAAUGUCUUUAUAAAACAAUAAAAUUCUGCAAAGUGGAGAAGCAGUCAUUUCUUAAAGUCAGACUUUCCAAGUGGACGGUAAUCGCCCCUCAAAUGGGUGCUGCGGAAACGUAGAAGACGCUGCUGUGGACUGCAGAUUGUCACUCGCUACCUGUGUGUCUUCUCUCCAGGACUUAGUAACGGUCAGAGAUUAGAACCUGUCAUAAAUCUGCUACCAAGUUUGUUUGACUGGCGGGAGAAGGGGGUCGAUGGGGCGGGGUGUCGACUACCCUCUCGUAUAUAAAGCAGAUUUCUAGUACCUGCACUGCUGUAACACUAAACUGACAAAAUAGUAGAUAAUAGAAGGAAUCAUACAGGUGUAUUUUUUUGUUUCAUAUUGAACUUUAUGACACAAGUUAAGGGCAUUUAAAAUAUCAUACCUCUACUUUGGUAGAUGAUUUUCUUAACAGUCAUAAGGUUGAUGAUUUCUGAAUUUUUGCCACUAUGAACUACUGCAUACAAGAGACGUACAAUGUGCAUCAUGGCACAGGUAACAAUUACCCUGUGCAGCCUGUCGACUACUGCAUGUAUGCAGAUGAAAGCCAGUGUUACAGCAACUGUGAGCCGCAGGUUCUCCAUAAUAAUGCAUGUAUGGAACAGGCCUGGCUAGCGAAUCAGCCUUAUACCUGUAGUUACCCUGGAAACGUGUUCAAAAAUGAAUACUGUAGUGUGGACAUGGCCUUGAAUCACUAUCAUCAGACUGAGUGUUUCGCAGAUGGAAAAACGGAUUUCUCCCAAGUUCAGUGGAUGCCAGGUUCACAGAAAAAAGGGUACAUACCCAGCUAUUUGGAUAAAGAUGAGUUGUGUGUAGUUUGUGGUGACAAAGCAACUGGUUACCACUAUCGGUGUAUUACCUGUGAAGGCUGCAAGGGCUUUUUCCGGAGAACAAUUCAGAAAAAUCUUCAUCCCACCUAUGCCUGCAAGUAUGAGAGAAAAUGUAUUAUAGACAAAGUAACAAGAAACCAGUGUCAGGAGUGCCGGUUCAAGAAAUGCAUUUCAGUUGGCAUGGCGACAGACUUGGUCUUGGAUGACAGCAAGCGAUUAGCGAAAAGAAAGUUGAUUGAAGAGAAUCGAGAGAGACGACGACGUGAAGAACUGCAGAAGACCAUUUGGAGCAAGCCUGAACCUAGCCAAGAAGAGUGGGAGCUCAUCCGAGUGGUGACAGAGGCACACAUGACCACUAACGCACAGGGAAACCACUGGAAACAAAAAAGAAAAUUCCUGCCAGAAGAUAUUGGUCAGGCUCCAAUCAUGAACGCACCAGAGGGAAGCAAGGUGGACAUAGAAGCAUUUAGCCAGUUUACAAAAAUCAUCACACCUGCCAUCACAAGGGUGGUGGACUUUGCCAAAAAGCUGCCUAUGUUUUGUGAGCUGCCAUGUGAAGACCAGAUAAUCCUUCUCAAAGGCUGCUGCAUGGAAAUUAUGUCUCUCCGUGCAGCUGUACGUUAUGACCCAGAAAGUGAGACAUUAACUCUUAAUGGGGAGAUGGCAGUGACCAGAGGGCAGCUCAAAAAUGGAGGCCUUGGGGUGGUGUCUGAUGCCAUCUUUGACCUCGGGAUGUCACUUUCAUCUUUUAAUCUGGACGACUCAGAGGUUGCACUGCUGCAGGCUGUAAUUUUGAUGUCCUCAGAUCGUCCAGGGCUUUCAAGCGUGGAAAGAAUUGAAAAAUGUCAGGAAGAGUUCCUCCUGGCUUUUGAGCAUUACAUUAACUAUCGCAAGCAUAAUGUCUCUCACUUCUGGCCAAAACUUUUAAUGAAAGUAACAGACCUACGAAUGAUAGGAGCAUGCCAUGCCAGCAGGUUUCUGCAUAUGAAGGUGGAGUGUCCUACAGAGCUCUUCCCACCUCUUUUUCUGGAAGUGUUUGAGGACUGAGAUGUUGUCCAAGAUGGGGUGGAAUUCCUACUCUAGACUUUCUAAAACUGUUUUAGCACUACUGAGCAUAAUUUCAUUCCAUAGCAUAGGAUAGCUUUCUGCCUAGACGUGGAUGAAAACAUUCCUUCAAUGCGGAAAUAACCGAAAACAUGAAUAAGUGACAACAUAAAGCAUCAGCAUUUACAUUUUAAUCCGUUGUUCAUAGCCUUUUGCAAAACAUCAUCCCAAGAUCCUUUUGUUAAGCACCAUCUUCUGUUUCCUGUUAUGUGACGAUGCCUUGUAAAGACAGUAGACUGGACAUAUUUAUUACAUUCUUUUGGGGUUUUUUUCAUCCCACCCCCAUGUUGGCGACUUUACAGAAUAAAGACUUUGAGCGCACAGACAAUCAGAUUGAUAAGCUAAGGACAAGUGCAGGGUUAAAGUUAGCCAUUCACUUCUGUUUUAUAAAGAAAGCAACAAACAAUAAAAUGAACUAUUAAUGUAAUGCAAAUACUCUUAUUGCUGAUUAAAGAGUGUUAUAUAUUUUGCAAAGCUAGUGUUUUAGGAAGCUAUGGUGGGGCAAUAGCAUUUAAGGUAUAUGUGAUUCAAUAAAAUAUAUAUUACACCGUUACAAAGCUAUUUUACCAUACAGAGGAUAAUGGUUUGUAUAUUUUCAGACUGCAGAUGUUAUUUUCUACAGAUACUUUAUGCAUUUAAUGAACUUGUAAACAUUUUACAGAUAAAGCCAAAAAAGAGCAACCUUAACUUUCCAUUAUUUUGUAAUAUGAAUUCUAUACAGAUUGGACACAUGUCCUUCUUUAGUUCAUCCGAUAUUUUGUCUUUCACAAGAAGGAGGCUUAGAUAUUGCUGGUCUUAUCAGCUAAUGUGUGUUUUGCCUGCAGAUAUCAAUGGGUUCAAAUAUGUGACAGCUAUAAAACUAACAGUAAAUGCUGUGUCGAGCAUCUUGUUAGGAAUUGCCGUUCAGUAUUGUACCAUCACACCAAAUAGCAUUAUCUUGAGCUAAACCAACAGCAGAUUUACGCAGCGUAAUCCUAGUAUGAGAACACAUGAGGAUCAUCAGAGAAAUGUGAUGCUCAAGUGGCUCAAUCGCCUUACACAUUACCUGAUAUCCUAACACGAUAGCCGUAAACCAGAAGAAACAAACUCCUGUUUAGCCAAAUUACAGUCCAAAUAUAUGAGUGUACAGUACAUUGUAAAUGCUCACAGUUUUGUACCAAACCAAAUGUGUUUCACUGGCAUGUUGGUCAGCAUUAUCAAUUAAGAUUGAAAACGGGCAUAUACUUGGUAUGGAGAAUGUGGAAAUCAAUGUAACACAUGCUGUCAGUGAACAUAUGAGUGAAGAGUUGCACUAUUAACAAUUCAAUGUUUGCACUUAAUGUAAAUUGGCUGUGAAAAUAAAGAUGGGUUGACAAACUCCCUUGAACUUA